AUGGACAUUGAAGAAUUAAAGUUGCAAAUGGGCUUAGUGCAAGAUAAAAGAGAAAGGUUAGAACUUUUAUUGUCAAGAUAUUUGGGUGAUGCAAUUAUUGCAGCUAAUGAGGAUCAAACUGUUCAACCAUCACAAAAUAAUCAGGUUCAAUCGUCACAAAGUAAUCAGGUUGAGAACAAGGAUAUACUCGAGGAUAUACUUAAUUAUGAUUCUUUUCCUGAAGACAUAGCUAUUGAAAUCCUAAGAAAGCUUCAAGAUUAUAGUCAAGAUUGGAAUAUGCAAUGGCUAGAUUAUGAGGAUGAACCUAAAAAUUCGGUUGUUAUUAAAAAUAUGCAG